GAUGUUUUGCUCUGUCUUUGCAUAGCAAUAGCAUUUGAGAGCAGAAGAAUCUCCCUUUCUCUUUCUAUCUCAUAUCUCUCCCUCUUUAUACAGUAAAAUGUCUGCUCUUGUGGGCUUCUUUGUGGGUCUUAUACUGAUCGGUACGGUUUACUCUGCAAGAUUUGAUGAUCUUUUUCAGCCCAGCUGGGCUCUCGAUCACUUCAUCUAUGAUGGAGAGCUUCUCAGUCUCAAGCUCGAUAACUAUUCUGGUGCUGGGUUUCAAUCCAGAAGCAAGUACAUGUUUGGGAAAGUUACUGUACAGAUUAAGCUUGUAGAAGGCGACUCUGCUGGAACUGUUACUGCUUUCUAUAUGUCAUCGGACGGUCCUACUCACAAUGAGUUUGAUUUCGAGUUCCUGGGUAAUACCACAGGUGAACCUUACCUGGUUCAAACCAAUGUGUAUGUUAAUGGCGUGGGUAACAGGGAGCAAAGGUUGAACCUUUGGUUUGAUCCUACUAAGGAUUUCCACUCAUACUCUAUCCUCUGGAACCAGCACCAAGUUGUAUUUCUAGUGGAUGAGACUCCAAUCAGAUUACACACAAAUAUGGAGAACAAAGGAAUUCCUUUCCCAAAGGACCAACCAAUGGGUGUAUACAGCUCAAUAUGGAAUGCAGAUGAUUGGGCUACACAAGGAGGCAGAGUAAAAACUGACUGGACACAUGCACCCUUUGUUGCCUCUUACAAAGGUUUUGAGAUAGAUGCUUGUGAAUGCCCUGUAUCUGUAGCAGCAACUGAUGUUGCUAAGAAAUGUAGCAGCAAUGGUGAGAAAAGGUUCUGGUGGGAUGAACCCACAUUGGCCGAGCUCAAUUUGCACCAAAGCCAUCAACUCUUGUGGGUUAAGGCAAACCAUAUGGUUUAUGACUACUGCACCGACACCACUCGCUUCCCGGCAACUCCUGUAGAGUGCCUGCACCACCGCCACUAGCCAGAUUAGGUUGUUGAGAUUUGAGAGGGUUUUGGGUUUGGUGCUGUGUUGUAAAAAAAAAGAAGAAAUGCAGAAAAAUGGUAAACAUGUGCUUCAUGUUUUUCAUAUAUUUUGGUCAUUCAGCUUACUGUAUGAUAUUAUGAUAGAUUAAUAUGAUUUGUUUUUUCUUUUUCCUUUUA